GGCGGUACUGUCUUCAGUACCCCAAUAGUCUUCAGCGGGUCAGCACCGCAUUGACCAGUCUUCUUCUUCAUCUUCUUCUUCUUCUUCUUCUACUUCGUCUUCUCAUGCGCCAAGGAAAGGAAUCUUGGGAUAGGAAAGAAGAAGAGGCCGCCACCCAGCUGCAGAAUGGAGCAGAAAUCGUCCGUCUCAACCAUCUCUGGUUCAGUCCAGAGAAUGGUCGUGGAGGAACCAGGGGAGGCCCCUAGGAAGGGCUUGGGCAUGGGCAUGACGGCGUUCUUCCUCAUAGCGCAGAUGGCUGGGGCAGGAUUCUUGUCGCUUCCCAAAGCUGUGGCUAAUACGGGAUGGAUUGGAAUUGCCCUCAUGAUCGUCUUCUGCGGCAUGGUAGGGUUCUCUGGAACCCGACUGGGUCUGGCCUGGGUGAUCCUGGAAGAACGGUGGCCCGAGUACAGGGCAGCUUCCAGAAUGCCUUACAUGGACAUCGCCGAGAGAUCUCUUGGGAAACACGGCAGGAGGCUGGCUCUCGCGUGCGUCCUGAUCACGAUCAUCGGAGGAACCAUCGUGUUUCUGCUACUGAUGGCCGGGUUCUUCAACAUGGGUCUAGUCCCCUCACUAUCCAUCUGCCAGUGGCUGCUCAUCAUAGCAGCCGUGGCUCUGCCAUUUACUUGGCUGGGAACUCCAAAAGAUUUUUGGCAAGCCUCAGUGAUAGCUGUGGUGGCCACAGCCGUCGCCUGCAUCGUGAUCUUCGUGGAGCUCCUGCUGGAGGUCGACGAGUACCCGGACCCUUACUACCAGAACCCGUCUAUCGUGUCCUUCUCCCUGGGAUUCGGCGCCAUCCUCUUCGCCUUCGGCGGAGCCUCCGUGUUCCCGACCAUCCAGAACGACAUGCAGGAUAGGACGCUCUUCCCGAGGAGCGUCGUCAUUUCUUUCAUCAGUCUGCUGUCCUUAUACCUGCCUGUAGCAGUGGCAGGAUAUGUCGUGCAGGGCUUCGACGUGCAGGACAACGUCCUUCUUUCCGUAGAUAUCAACAAUCCCGUCAUCAAAGCCGCCAUCGUCAUGGAGAUCCUCAACCUCUUCGGAACUUACCUCAUCACCUUCAACCCUAUAGGCCAGACCUUCGAGGGGCUCCUCAACAUAGAAGGCAAGUUCGGGCUGCCUCGCAUUCUCCUCCGGUCGGGAAUCGUCAUCUUCGAGGUGCUCGUUGGUCUGGCGGUGCCGGAUUUCGGGAUGAUCCUCAACCUGAUCGGCGGCUCCACGGUGACGUUGUGCACCUUCGUCUUGCCUCCGCUGAUGUACAUGAAACUCGUCGACAUGGAGAAAGAGCCCUCGUGGCCAGAGAGGUCGAUACCCCUGUGGGAAAGGAUCUUGCUAUGGGAGAUCAUCAUCGUGGGCGUCAUCGGGGGCAUAGCUUCGACGGCCUCAGCCGUCAUGGGCAUCAUCACCCAGUCUUUCGGUAACACUUGUUUCAACAAUUUCUACGGUUAAUUAACCGUCCUCCGUUCGUUCUCAAAAUUGCAUCGCAGAUUUGAACGACCGUCCAGGCACACUUUGGGGCAGAGGAGAUGCCGACAUUGAAGAAUGGGAUACUACAUAAUUGGCGACGGUGACAGGAUCUACUGCCAGACAUUAACAUUCACAGAGUUUUUUUCGAGUUAGAAGAAGGAUCACAUUACAAAGCCCCAAAAUUUACUUUCUGUCAAGGACUUCUUCAACAGGGGCAGGGCUGCUAGAAGAGGCUAACCAUUCAGUGAUCGGAACGUUCUGGAAUUACAAAUUCUGCGAGGACAUAUGAGGAUUUUCUCCCAGACUUCUCUCGGACAUGAUUCCAGAUCACCUUCACAUUAACUGCAGCCAGCAACUUAGCAAACUGCAUCUAUUUAUUCAAGACCAUAGUGCCCAGUGCCCAGUGCCCAGAAAAGUUUUGCUUCAUUUACGCGCUGCAUAGUGACGGUUUCUCCAGAUAUCUGCUUGUAAAUGGUAGUACUUUGAGACAUGAAUUGUAACGAUGUAGACAACUUAAUGGAAAACAUAGACUUGUGCUCAAUAGUCGUAACAUUUCUAUGACAUAACGAGGGGAAAUUCUGGAAUGACAAUCAUAGUGGUGUAAAUAGUAAUUAGAGCUAAUUCAAUAUGAUAUACCCGAGAAAUAUGUUUGUUACUAAUCUACAAUGAUCUCCAUCUGUACAAAUACUAACCAGGAGAGAAUAUGCCAUGUUCAGACCCUUAUCUCCAGUUGACCACAUUCUGCUUAGGACGGAGGUCUAUCAUGGGCAUAGUCACCUGCCCUUUAACACUUAAAUGCCGGGUGGUGGAGACGUGUUACCCGUUGUAACGUGCGGUUCUUGAUCCAGGUGGUCAUUGGAUUUGAAAGUGAGGUUCCAGAGGUCACCAGAAAAUUGUCUAAUAAUCUUGUAUCGUGUCGGGCCUUCUAUCGUUUUCCUUAAGGAAAAUGUAUUUAGAGAAGCGCGAAAUGUAAUUACGGGAGGUUAAGGCUCUCUUCGGCGGUGAAGAAAAGUGUACACAAACUCUCAAUUUGUUUUUAUCAUUUUUAGGCAGCUCUGUUUUAUGAACUCGUUUGAAUUCCCUUUGUACACACACUAAAUUUUCUAAGCGUUGUUGACGACAACCAAGUAGAAAACGCGCCGAAAAUCGAGUUUUCUGUACAAUGUAUAAUGCUGUAUAAAACCAUCAACUACCACUGGCAGCUCUCCAGUUGCUUCCCAGGUGCGGUAGAGUGAUAAUGUUGAGCGAUAACGCGUCCCAUGGCUUCGGAAAGCGCUGUCAGAUGCACGAUCCAGGGCAAACUUUAACCUUGAAUAAAAUAAAAACUACUAAUGCUAGAGGGCUGCAUUUAGGUGUGUUUGAUGACUGGAGGGCAGAUGAUCAAAAUACCAAUUUGCAACCCUCUAGCCUCAGUAGUUUUUAAGAUCUGAGGGCGGGCAGAAAAAGUGCCGAUGGACAGACAAAGCCGUAACAAUAGAGUUAUCUUUUACAGAAUAAUAAACCAGGAUUCUGGAAAGAAUGCGUAACUCGCUUCUACGGCUUUUUAUCUCUUCUUCAAAACUUUUGUUUGAGUGACGAAAUCCUCCUAUUUGGAGACUGCCUCGCCUGGGAAACAGGAACCAAUAUUUUGUAGAUAUAUAGAGCUUUAUGUUUCAAGUUUUCAUAUAUAAAUAAUAAAU